GGGGUGCUGGGACAGGGAGGUAGGGAAGGGAGGGCAAUUCAUGAAGGUGGAGACCCGACACACGCCCCUCCCAAGACCCCGACCUGACACCUGCUGGCCCCCAGGGACGUGAGGAAGUUCAAGGAGACCAAGAAGCAGUUUGACAAAGUUCGAGAGGACAUGGAGCUGUCCCUCGUGAGGAAUGCCCAGGCCCCACGGCACCGUCCCCAUGAGGUGCAGGAGGCCACAGGUGCCUUGACCCUCACCCGGAAGUGCUUCCGUCACCUGGCGCUGGAUUAUGUGCUGCAGAUCAAUGUCCUCCAGGCCAAGAAGAAGUUUGAAAUCUUGGAUUCUAUGCUGUCCUUCAUGCACGCCCAGUACAGCUUCUUCCAGCAAGGGUACAGCUUGCUGCACCAGCUGGACCCCUACAUGAAGAAGCUGGCAGCUGAGGUGAGCGAGGGCGGUG